CAUCUGCAGGAGAUACUAACCUGUACCUCCCGGGGUCCUAACUGACGCUCACAUUUCCAAGAUGUCUGCCUCCCUCUCAGGAUUAUUAAAACCUUGGACACCGAGGGUGUUCCUGGUGAGAUGGAGCAGAUACAACCCGUACUAUCUGGAGCCAGAGGUCAGCAAGGAGGCCUACAGCAAACCAGAGACGGAGCUCAGCGCUGAGGAGAAGGAGCAGCGGGAGCUCAAAGCGCUCCGACCCAUCAAGGCAGCGACUAGCGGCGUCACCAGCUCUGUGUUCAGCGAUCCAGUCCUCAGUAAAUUCGUCAACAUGAUGAUGAAACAUGGAGACAAGGUUUUGGCCAGAGAGAUCAUGAUAGAGACGUUGGAGAACAUAAAGAGGAAACAGGUGGAGAAAUACCACAAAGCUCCACAAGGGAAGAAAGAGGAGAUCGAGUGUAACCCCUUCACCAUCUUCCACCAGGCUCUGGAGAACUGUAAGCCUGUUGUCGGACUGGCCAGCAUACAGAAAGGCGGAAAGUUCUACCAGGUGCCCAUUCCUCUUACGGACAACCGGCGUCGCUUCCUCGCUAUGAAGUGGAUGAUCACAGAGUGCAGGGACAACAAACACCGGCGCAUGCACAUGUAUGAAAAACUUUCCCAGGAACUGCUGGCGGCCUCGAUCAAGGAGGGCAACGUCAUCAAGAAGAAGCACGAGCUGCACAAGAUGGCGGAAUCCAACAGAGCCUACGCCCACUACCGCUGGUGGUAGAGCUGCUGCGGGUGUCGUGAGCGUAAAGAGCGAAAGAAACACUUCAGGACUCUUAACUGAGGACUGACCGACUGGAGUCACGGAGGAGUCAGUGACACAUUGUAAAUAAUGAAUGCCGUGUUACCACAUAAGGUCACUUUUUGUAUCGUGUACAAUAAACAGUGAUGCUGCCACACAAUAAACACAUAAAACUGAA